CAUUAAGUUUUUCAACUCGGCCGCGCAAAUAACUCAAGAACGGCAGCUCCCGAAGCAGCCACUGAGCAUAUUGAAAAACACAAGUCCCCGACUCGAUUCGCGACCUAAACCAUUCAGUGUGUGACGCGAACUGCCAAUGCAAUAGUUUCCCAAGAAUCUUGGCAGUUCUCAGCUAAAAUUGAAAUUAAAAAGUGCCAGAACCAAGAAAUAAAUAAAUGAUCUUCCAAGAGAAUAAUAAAGUGUUUCCGCCAAAUAAAACGCAAGAAUCGCAGCACCGUUAGUUCUCCUCUCGCUUUUCCCUUUUGCGCUUCUGUGCGUGAAAAGGAGAAGACACGCGAAGUUCGCGAAAAGCUUAAAAUUCGCGACACUUAAAAAUAAACACACUCGAGGAAAUUACAACAAAAAAUGUGGCGCGUGCACGUGUAGCUUGCGACAACAACAAAACAUCGAAAAUGCUUAAAGCGAAUUGCAAAACCAUGUGCGAUAAGUAACCAAAAAAUACACAAUAAAUACAAUAAACAAUUUGAGUAGUUGCCGCACACACACACACACACAGCCCGUGGAUUAUUACACUAAAAGCGACACUCAAUCCAAAAUACCAGCAUCAAAAACAGCAAUAAACAUGCAUUGGAUUAAAUGUUUAUUAACGGCAUUCAUUUGCUUCACAGUCAUCGUGCAGGUUCACAGUUCCGGCAACUUUGAGUUGCGACUGAAGUACUUCAGCAACGAUCACGGGCGGGACAACGAGGGCCGCUGCUGCAGUGGGGAGUCCGACUCGGCGACGGGAAAGUGUCUCGGCAGCUGCAAGACGCGGUUUCGCGUCUGCCUGAAGCACUACCAGGCCACCAUCGACACCACCUCGCCGUGCACCUACGGGGACGUGGUCACGCCCAUUCUGGGCGAGAACUCGGUCAACCUGACCGACGCCCAGCGCUUCCAGAACAAGGGAUUCACGAACCCCAUCCAGUUCCCCUUCCAGUUCUCAUGGCCGGGCACCUUCUCGCUGAUCGUCGAGGCCUGGCACGAUACGAACAACAGCGGCAAUGCGCGCACCAACAAUCUCCUCAUCCAGCGACUGUUGGUGCAGCAGGUACUGGAAGUGUCCUCCGAGUGGAAGACGAACAAGUCGGAGUCACAGUACACGUCGCUGGAGUACGAUUUCCGUGUCACCUGCGAUGCCAACUACUACGGAUCCGGCUGUGCCAAGUUCUGCCGGCCGCGCGACGAUUCGUUUGGACACUCCACUUGCUCGGAGACGGGCGAAAUUAUCUGUUUGACCGGAUGGCAGGGCGAUUACUGUCACAUACCCAAAUGCGCCAAAGGCUGUGAGCAUGGACACUGCGACAAACCCAAUCAAUGCGUUUGCCAACUGGGCUGGAAGGGAGCUUUGUGCAACGAGUGCGUUUUGGAACCGAACUGCAUCCAUGGCACUUGCAACAAACCCUGGACCUGCAUCUGCAACGAAGGAUGGGGUGGCUUGUACUGCAACCAGGAUCUGAACUACUGCACCAACCACCGACCCUGCAAGAAUGGCGGAACCUGUUUCAACACCGGCGAAGGAUUGUACACCUGCAAAUGCGCCCCCGGAUUCAGUGGCGAUGAUUGCGAAACUGAGAUUUACUCCUGCGAUGCCGAUGUUAAUCCCUGCCAGAAUGGUGGUACCUGCAUCGAUGAGCCGCCGACGAAAACGGGCUACAAGUGCCACUGUUCCAGCGGCUGGAGCGGCAAGAUGUGCGAGGAGAAAGUUCUCACCUGUACGGACAAGCCCUGCCACCAGGGCAUCUGCCGCAACGUUCGUCCCGGUUUGGGGAGCAAAAGUCAGGGCUACCAGUGCGAGUGUCCCAUUGGCUACAGCGGACCCACCUGCGAACUCCAGCUGGACAACUGCAGCCCGAAUCCCUGCAUAAACGGAGGAAGCUGUCAGCCGAACGGAAAGUGUAUGUGUCCGGCGGGAUUUUCGGGCACCAAGUGCGAAACGAACAUUGACGAUUGUCUGGGUCAUCAGUGUGAGAACGGAGGCACCUGCAUCGAUAUGGUCAACCAGUACCGCUGCCAAUGUGUUCCCGGAUUCCAUGGCACUCAUUGCAGUAGCAAAGUGGAUUUAUGCCUCAUCCGGCCGUGUGCCAAUGGCGGAACCUGUUUGAAUCUGAACAACGAUUACCAGUGCACCUGUCGGGCGGGAUUCACUGGCAAGGACUGCUCCGUGGACAUCGAUGAGUGCAGCAGUGGACCGUGUCACAAUGGCGGCACCUGCAUGAAUCGUGUCAACUCCUUCGAAUGCGUAUGUGCCAAUGGCUUCAGGGGCAAACAGUGCGACGAGGAAUCCUACGACUCGGUGACUGCCCACCAAUAUGGAGCCACGACGCAGGCCAGAGCCGAUGGCUUGACCAAUGCCCAGGUUGUGCUGAUUGCUGUUUUCUCAGUGGCCAUGCCCCUGGUGGCGGUGAUAGCGGCCUGUGUGGUGUUCUGCAUGAAGCGGAAGCGCAAGCGUGCCCAGGAGAAGGACGAUGCGGAGGCCAGGAAGCAGAACGAGCAGAAUGCGGUGGCCACAAUGCAUCACAACGGUAGCGCUGUGGGCGUGGCAUUGGCCUCCGCCUCUCUGGGCGGCAAGACCGGCAGCAACAGUGGCCUGACCUUCGACGGCGGCAACCCGAACAUCAUCAAAAAUACCUGGGACAAGUCGGUCAACAACAUUUGCGCCUCGGCUGCAGCGGCAGCGGCGGCGGCAGCAGCGGCCGACGAGUGCCUAAUGUACGGCGGAUAUGUGGCCUCGGUGGCCGAUAACAACAAUGCCAACUCAGACUUUUGUGUGGCUCCGCUGCAGAGGGCCAAGUCGCAGAAGCAACUCAACACCGAUCCCACGCUCAUGCACCGCAGUUCGCCGGCAGGCAGCUCCUCCAAGGGAGCGACGGGGGGAGCACCGGGCGCGGCGGAGGGCAAGAGGAUCUCCGUGCUGGGCGAGGGCUCAUACUGCAGCCAGCGUUGGCCCUCGUUGGCGGCGGCGGGCGUGGCGGGAGCCUGUUCAUCCCAGCUGAUGGCCGCCGCCUCGGCAGCGGGCAGCGGAGCGGGGGCGGCGCAACAGCAGCGGUCCGUGGUCUGCGGCACUCCGCACAUGUAACUCCAAAAAUUCGGACGGGCUCCAGGCAAAUCCGGAGAAAUCCGUAUGGAGCUAACAACACACACACACAUACACACACACACACAAAGAAAAGACUGGGUUGGGUUCGAAAUGUGAGAGAGACGCCAAAAUGUUGUUGUUGUUGAUUGAAGCAGUUUAGUCGUCACGAAAAAAUGAAAAAAUCUGUAACAGGCAAAAACUCGUAAACUCCCUUGAAAAUUUUGUAUAGUAAUUAGCAUAACUGUGACCUAGCCGUUUCGAUCGUUCAAUAUAUCAUUGUUUCCAGCUGGAACAUUUUUUAUAGAUUUUAUAGAAUGCAAAUCCUAGGAAUUAUAACUUUGGAAAUCAUAAAGUUUGAAUAAAAAUUUUUUAAAUAUUGAAAA